AUGUCGCAACUAUGUAGUCUAGCAAAAUGUAAUCGAACAUCGCGUGGUCUGUGCGAUUGUUGCAAACAAAAUCUGUGUCUUCAACACCUAACUGAGCACAACGCUUCACUCCUCUCACAAAUAAGUCCGUUAACGGAUACGAUCAACGCACUAGGUGAACGUCUUCAAACCUUGUAUACUGAAGGCAUCACUGCGAAUUGUUACCUAAAACUUGAAUAUUGGCGUGUGGAAUGCCAUCAGAAAAUUGAUCGUUUCUUCGAACAGCAAUGUCAACAAGUCAAUGAUCUCAUCGAUACGAAAGUUCGAUUACAAAAAGAAGAGAUUGAUCGUGUACGUACGAAAGUUGUCGAGAUCGUUCGUGAACAAGAAAUUACCCAAAAAGACCUCGAUUCAUUAGUGUCAACUGUACGUUCUUUAGAAGCAACAAUAAACAAGAUUGAACAAACAACGCUGCAAAUAAAUUUUCGUGGAUUCGAAUUGGAUGAUGAAUGUGUCACUAUCAGUGAGAAAAACUCGUCUGAAAUUGAUAUUUCCAAGGUUUUCAAUAACUGUAAGACGUUUAACUCUGCUAAUGGUAGCUACAGUGUGUUAGCUUGCAAUGAACAGUAUUUGCUGAUACACACUAAUCCAAAUUUAUGUUUAGUAAAUCGUGAUAUGAAAGUAGUCAAACAAAUUCUGUGGACUCAUGAUAAAAUUUACGAUAUGUGUUGGUCAGCAACAUUAGACAAGUUUAUUUUGAUCGAAAAAUACAACAUUUACAUUGUUGACAAAGAUAUAUCAUCGAUGGAAGUUGGCCAAAUGAUCGAGAAAUAUAAAUGGCUAUCAUGCACAUGCUCUGACACCUGUCUAUUUUUGCUAGUCGAUACGAGUCCUCCUUGGAUCGGAUGUUAUAGCAUUUCAUCUUCGAUGGAGCUGAUCCAAAAAUGGCAAGUGUUUGAAAAAUCAUCAACUGAUAUUGUUGAUGAUAUUGUGUACAGACACGGAAUGCUUGCCAUGACGGUGCAGAAUACACAAAAAACAGAUGUACGAAUAGAAUUACGAUCUGUUGAAACACUGACUUGUGUUUGGUCACUUACACUUGAUAUGUUUUCAAUCAACGAAAGUAUUUUUCGUUGCUGUGCAAUCACAUGUAACGAGUGGAUAGUAGUCGAUUACAAGAAUAAUCGUCUGAUACAUGUCACUGCUAAUGGGGAAAUCAAAAAUACGAUCGCUUAUCACUCGACACCACGCCGUGCCAUUCUGUUUGAACCGAAUCUAUUGGUUGUUAUAACUAGGAAAGGAACCCAGUUUCAUCAGCUGUAG